UUUGCGUGUAGAUUCACACACAGCCCCUCUCUCAUGUAAAUACAGUGCACAGCUCGUGAUGAUGUUAAGGGAUAUUUUUGCCUCCACUAAUCGUUUUACACCACAGAGACUUUGAGACUGCGGAAGCGAAGACAACGAGGUUUAGCAGCUUGGAAAGGAUGGAGGAAGAUCUGUCACAGGCUUUGAAUUCUGUCAGUCUGGAGCAGAAAGACAGCAAGAUGGACACUUUUGGGCUGUACGUCGUCACGUGGAAUGUGGCCACAGCUGAGCCUCCUGAUGAUGUGGACUCUCUGCUUCAGCUCGGCUCACUGAAGAAACCCGACCUCUAUGUGAUCGGGCUGCAGGAGGUGAAGGCUGCACCUCUCAAGUUUGUCACAGAUUUGGCCUUCGAGGACUCCUGGAGUCACAUCUUCAUGAACACAUUGGCCCCAUUGGGAUAUAUCAAGGUGUCCUCUAUACGGAUGCAGGGUCUACUCUUGCUUUUCUUUUCCAAGCUGGAACACGUCCCAUUUAUCAGAGACAUUCAGGUCACUUACACCCGCACGGGACUCUACGGCUACUGGGGUAAUAAAGGAGGUGUGUCCAUCCGUCUGUCAUUCUACGGUCACAUGCUCUGCUUCCUGAACUGCCACCUGACCGCCCACAUGAACUACGCCUCUGAGCGGGUGGAUGAGUUUGAGUAUAUUUUAGAUGCUCAGACCUUUGACACCAAAAACACACCACACAUUUUGGAUCACAAGGUGGUGUUCUGGUUUGGGGAUUUGAAUUUUCGUAUUGAGGACCAUGGGAUGCACUUUUUAAGGAGCUGCAUCACCAGCCAGCGUUUCAAUCUUCUUUGGCCCAAAGAUCAGCUCACCAUGAUGAAGCAGAAGCAAGCUACUUUGCAGAAGUUUGAAGAGGGACCUCUAGACUUUCAGCCCAGCUAUAAAUUUGAUUUGCACUCAGAUAACUAUGACUCAAGGGUACAGAAGACAUGGUUUGGUUUUAAUGGUAAGAAACGCAAGCCUGCGUGGUGUGACAGGAUUCUCUGGAGAGUGAAACCCAAGUCUUUGCCAACAGAGGAAGCUAAUGAAGAUGAUCACAAUGAAGAGGAGCCAAAGAAACAACUGCAGGUGGAACAUAAAGACAAGUUCCCUCUAAAACUGAUGCAGGUGGAUUACACAAGUAAAAUGGAGUACGGCAUUAGCGACCAUAAGCCUGUCAUCAGCAUCUUCCGCUUGGAGUUGAAAAAGAUGUAUGAGAUGCCGUUGGUGGAGGUGUCCGCUGAAGGAGAGUGGAGUGCUGACUUUGAUGCCCUCAUAACCUACAGCCUUCUUCAGACCUUUCCCUCCAGCUCCUGGGACUGGAUCGGUCUAUAUAAGGUUGGAUUUAAAAGUGUUUCCGACUAUAUCACGUACACCUGGGUGAAGGAUGACCAGGUGUCUUUCAGUGAUGAGCUCUUUCAGGUUUAUGUGAACAAAGAUGAAAUUCCAGUUCUUGGUGGAGAAUGUGUGCUAUGCUAUUAUAGCAGCAGCUUGCAGUGCAUUGUGGGUAUUAGUCAACCUUUCAAGGUGCAGGAAUCCAGAGCAGCGAUUGAAGAGGGUUUAGUGCCUGAAAAUAUCAACAGUCUAGACGAAACAGUAGCUGGUUAAGACCAAGUUUAAAGUAGACAUUGUUUCAGAUGCUGUCGAGCCACAGCUCAGAUGUCAAACCAAACAUACCUGCGAAUUCAAGCAAGUGCAAUUUUUAUCCAAAAUUGCUUUAAGGUUUCACUGGUAUGUGAUACAGUGUCUACAGUGUGUUUUCUUUAUUUUUCUUUUUUUAAUUACAAAAAAUAUUCUAAAUCGCAGCCAGUUGAUGGGACCAGUCCCAAAUAGGUGGUAUUUUAAGUAAGCACAUUUAAAUUUGUACUCUUAUUAUUA